UUGGGGUUUUCGCCUUCACAGUUACUUCUGGGUGGUUAUUCGAGUCGAUUCGAUCCGAUUCGAGUCGAUUCGAGUCGAUUCGAGCCGAUUCGAGCCGAUUCGAGUCGAUUCGAGCCGAUUCGAGCCGAUUCGAAUCGAUUCGAAUCGAUUCGAAUCGAUUCGAAUCGAUUCGAAUCGAUGAAAAAUUGGGGUUUUCGCCUUCACAGUUACUUCUGGGUGGUUAUUCGAGUCGAUUCGAUCCGAUUCGAGUCGAUUCGAGUCGAUUCGAGCCGAUUCGAGCCGAUUCGAGUCGAUUCGAGCCGAUUCGAUCCGAUUCGAGUCGAUUCGAGUCGAUUCGAGUCGAUUCGAGCCGAUUCGAAUCGAUUCGAAUCGAUUCGAAUCGAUGAAAAAUUGGGGUUUUCGCCUUCACAGUUACUUCUGGGUGGUUAUUCGAGUCGAUUCGAUCCGAUUCGAGUCGAUUCGAGUCGAUUCGAGCCGAUUCGAGCCGAUUCGAGUCGAUUCGAGCCGAUUCGAAUCGAUUCGAAUCGAUUCGAAUCGAUGAAAAAUUGGGGUUUUCGCCUUCACAGUUACUUCUGGGUGGUUAUUCGAGUCGAUUCGAUCCGAUUCGAGUCGAUUCGAGUCGAUUCGAGCCGAUUCGAGCCGAUUCGAGUCGAUUCGAGCCGAUUCGAGCCGAUUCGAAUCGAUUCGAAUCGAUUCGAAUCGAUUCGAAUCGAUUCGAAUCGAUGA